UGACAUUCUGAAACAAAGUCACAUAUUAGAACAAGUGAAACAAGACAUCAAAGAGGAAAGAGACAAACUGGAAAUCUCAAAGACUGAGCUACAACAGAACAAAGAACAUGUCGACAGUCAGAUUGAUGAGAUCACCAGAGAGAAAACCAACAUUAAAUAUCUGACCAUUCAGCUUCAGGGAGAAAAAGACAAACUUGGCAAUAUCAUGAACAUGCUUACCUUAAAACAAGAGGAACAAGCACUCAAGGAAGAAGAGUUCAAAAGACAAACACAAGAACUGGACACCAGUAAGAAGAGUUUGCUGGUAGAAAAAGAAGUAAUGGAACUUUUGAGGAAGGACCUCAACAGGAUGAAAGAAGACGUUAAAGCUGCCAUUAACACCAUCAGUGAAGAGAGAGAACAACUCAAUCAGAUGAAGAGUAGUACUGUUAUGGACAGAAAAAUGCUUGAGAAUGAAAAUGAAAUAAUGGAAGGUGAGAGGUCUGAGCUGAUACUAAGAGAAGAUCAACUCUUGAGUGAAAGGAAAUCAUUAGAAAAUGUGAAGGAAAAAUUGCAACAGCUGAAUAAAAGGAUGAGUGAAGACGUGAAAUACAAAAUCAUGAGACUGGAGCAAAACAAUGAAGACUUACUGAAAAUGUUGAGUUUUUUGGAGCAGAAGCAUGAGGCUCUAGAUGAACAGAAAGACAAUAUAACAUCUUACACUGAGCUAUUAGAGAGAGAUACGGAAGGGUUGAAGAGUAUGUUUUCAGAAAUUGACAUACAAAGACAAGAAAUGACCGAUCGACUGAAACAAGAAGCUGAGUUGGAAAAGACACAUCUUAUAGAACUAAAGGCAGAGCAGAAGCAAGACAGAGAAGCUCUGGAUAUAGAGAGAGACUUGAUGAAGAAAGAGAAACUGGAAUUGGACCAGAUACGGUCUGAGAUCCUUAAACAAAGUCACAUAGUAGGACAAGUGAUACAAGAUAUCAAUGAGGAAAGAGACAAACUGGAAAUCUCAAAGACUGAGCUAAAACAGCACAAAGAACAUGUUGACAGUCAGUUUGAUGAGAUCAUCAGCAAGAAAACCAACAUUAAAGAUCUGACCCUUCAGCUUCAGAGAGAAAAAGACAAACUUGGCAAUAUAAUAAACAUGCUUACCUUAAAACAAGAGGAACAAGCACUCAAGGAAGAAGAGUUCAAAAAACAGACAAAAGAUUUGGACACCAGUAAGAAGAGUUUACUGGUAGAAAAAGAAGUAAUGGAACUUUUGAGGAAGGACCUCAACAGGAUAAAAGAAGAAGUUAAACCUGCGAUUAAGACCAUCAGUGAAGAAAGAGAACAACUCAAUCAGAUGAAGAGUAGUACUGUUAUAGACAGACAAAUGCUUGAGAAAGAAAAGGAAAUAAUGAAAGGUGAGAGGUCUGAGCUGAUACUAAGAGAAGAUCAACUCUUGAGUGAAAGGAAAUCACUUGAAAAUGUGAAGGAAAAACUGCAACAGUUAAAUCAAAGAACGAGUGAAGACGUGAAAUACAAAAUCAUGAGACUGGAGCAAAACAAUGAAGACUUACUGAAAAUGUUGAGUGAUUUGGAGCAGAAGCAUGAGGCUCUAGAUAAACAGAAAGACAAUAUAACAUCUUACACCGACCUAUUAGAAAGAGAUACGGAAGGGUUGAAGAGUAUGUUGUCAGAGAUUGACAUGCAAAGACAAGAACUGACCAAUCGACUGAAACAAGAAGCUGAGUUGGAAAAGACACAUCUUAUAGAACUAAAGGCAGAGCAGAAGCAAGACAGAGAAGCUCUGGAUAGAGAGAGAGACAUGAUGAAGAAAGAGAAACUGGAAUUGGACCAGAUAAUGUCUGACAUUCUGAAACAAAGUCACAUAGUAGGACAAGUGAUACAAGGUAUCAAAGAGGAAAGAGAAAACCUGGAAAUCUCAACGACUGAGCUACAACAGAACAAAGAACAUCUUGACAGUCGGUUUGAUGAGAUCACCAGAGAGAAAACCAACAUUGAAGAUCUGACCCUUCAGCUUCAGAGAGAAAAUGACAAACUUCAGAGAGAAAAAGUCAAACUUGGCAAUAUCAUGAACAUGCUUACCUUAAAACAAGAGGAACAAGCACUCAAGGAAGAAGAGUUCAAAAGACGAAAACAAGAACUGGACACCAGUAAGAAGAGUUUGCUGGUAGAAAAAGAAGUAAUGGAACUUUUGAGGAAGGACCUCAACAGUAUGAAAGAAGACGUUAAAAAUGCGAUUAACACCAUCAGUGAAGAGAGAGAACAACUCAAUCAGAUAAAGAGUAGUAAUGUUAUGGACAGACUAAUGCUUGAGAAUAAAAAGGAAAUAAUAGAAAGUGAGAGGUCAAAGCUUAUACUAAGAGAAGAUCAACUCUUGAGUGAAAGGAAAUCACUUGAAAACAUGAAGGAAAAACUGCAACAGCUGAAUAAAAGGAUGAGUGAAGACGUGAAAUACAAAAUCAUGAGACUGGAGCAAAACAAUAAAGACUUACUGAAACUGUUGAGUGAUUUGGAGCAAAAGCAUGAGGCUCUAGAUAAACAGAAAGAAAAUUUAACAUCUUGCACUGAGCUACUAGAGAGAGAUACGGAAGGGUUGAAGAGUAUUUUGUCAGAAAUUGACAUGCAAAGACAAGAAAUGACCAAUCGACUGAAACAAGAAGCUGAGUUUGAAAAGACACAUCUUAUAGAACUAAAGGCAGAGCAGAAGCAUAAAAGAGAAGCUCUGGAUAUAGAGAGAGACUUGAUGAAGAAAGAGAAACUGGAAUUGGACAAGAUAAGGUCUGACAUCCUUAAACAAAGUCACAUAGUAGGACAAGUGAUACAAGAUAUCAAAGAGGAAAGAGACAAACUGGAAAUCUUAAAGACUGAGCUACAACAGAACAAAGAACAUCUUGACAGUCAGUUUGAUGAGAUCACCAGAGAGAAAACCAACAUUAAAGAUCUGACCCUUCAGCUUCAGAGAGAAAGAGACAAACUUGGCACUAUAAUGAAUAUGCUUAACUUAAAACAAGAGAAACAAUUACUCAAGGAAGAAGAGUUCAAAAGACAAACACAAGAUUUGGACACCAGUAAGAAGGGUUUACUGGUAGAAAAAGAAGUAAUGGAACUUUUGAGGAAGGACCUCAACAGGACAAAAGAAGACGUGAAAGCUGCGAUUAACACCAUCAGUGAAGAGAGAGAACAACUCAAUCAGAUAAAGAGUAGUAAUGUUAUGGACAGACUAAUGCUUGAGAAUAAAAAGGAAAUAAUAAAAGGUGAGAGGUCAGAGCUGAUACUAAGAGAAGAUCAACUCUUGAGUGAAAGGAAAUCACUUGAAAAUAUGAAGGAAAAACUGCAACAGCUGAAUAAAAGGAUGAGUGAAGACGUGAAAUACAAAAUCAUGAGACUGGAGCAAAACAAUGAAGACUUACUGAAACUGUUGAGUGUUUUGGAGCAGAAGCAUGAGGCUCUAGAUAAACAGAAAGAAAAUUUAACAUCUUGCACUGAGCUAUUGGAGAGAGAUAUGGAAGGGUUGAAGAGUAUGUUGUCAGAAAUUGACAUGCAAAGACAAGAAAUGACCAAUCGACUGAAACAACAAGCUGAGUUGGAAAAGACACAUCUUAUAGAACUAAAGGCAGAGCAGAAGCAAGACAGAGAAGCUCUGGAUAGAGAGAGAGACAUGAUGAAGAAAGAGAAACUGGAAUUGGACCAGAUAAGGUCUGACAUCCUGAAACAAAGUCACAUAGUAGGACAAGUGAUACAAGGUAUCAAAGAGGAAAGAGACAUCCUGGAAAUCUCAAAGACUGAGCUACAACAGAACAAAGAACAUCUUGACAGUCAGUUUGAUGAGAUCACAAGAGAGAAAACCAACAUUGAAGAUCUGACCAUUCAGCUUAAGAGAGAAAAUGACCAACUUCAGAGAGAAAAAGUCAAACUUGGCAAUAUCAUGAACAUGCUUACCUUAAAACAAGAGGAACAAGCACUCAAGGAAGAAGAGUUCAAAAGACGAAAACAAGAACUGGACACCAGUAAGAAGAGUUUGCUGGUAGAAAAAGAAGUAAUGGAACUUUUGAGGAAGGACCUCAACAGUAUGAAAGAAGACGUUAAAAAUGCGAUUAACACCAUCAGUGAAGAGAGAGAACAACUCAAUCAGAUAAAGAGUAGUAAUGUUAUGGACAGACUAAUGCUUGAGAAUGAAAAGGAAAUAAUAGAAAGUGAGAGGUCAGAGCUGAUACUAAGAGAAGAUCAACUCUUGAGUGAAAGGAAAUCACUUGAAAACAUGAAGGAAAAACUGCAACAGCUGAAUAAAAGGAUGAGUGAAGACGUGAAAUACAAAAUCAUGAGACUGGAGCAAAACAAUGAAGACUUACUGAAACUGUUGAGUGAUUUGGAGGAAGAGCAUGAGGAUCUAGAUAAACAGAAAGAAAAUUUAACAUCUUGCACUGAGCUACUAGAGAGAGAUACGGAAGGGUUGAAGAGUAUGUUGUCAGAAAUUGACAUGCAAAGACAAGAAAUGACCAAUCGACUGAAACAAGAAGCUGAGUUGGAAAAGACACAUCUUAUAGAACUAAAGGCAGAGCAGAAGCAUGACAGAGAAGCUCUGGAUAUAGAGAGAGACUUGAUGAAGAAAGAGAAACUGGAAUUGGACAAGAUGAGGUCUGACAUCCUUAAACAAAGUCACAUAGUAGGAAAAGUGAUACAAGAUAUCAAAGAGGAAAGAGACAAUCUGGAAAUCUUAAAGACUGAGCUACAACAGAACAAAGAACAUCUUGACAGUCAGUUUGAUGAGAUCACCAGAGAGAAAACCAACAUUAAAGAUCUGACCCUUCAGCUUCAGAGAGAAAGAGACAAACUUGGCACUAUAAUGAAUAUGCUUAACUUAAAACAAGAGAAACAAUUACUCAAGGAAGAAGAGUUCAAAAGACAAACACAAGAUUUGGACACCAGUAAGAAGAGUUUACUGGUAGAAAAAGAAGUAAUGGAACUUUUGAGGAAGGACCUCAACAGGACAAAAGAAGACGUUAAAGCUGCGAUUAACACCAUCAGUGAAGAGAGAGAACAACUCAAUCAGAUAAAGAGUAGUAAUGUUAUGGACAGACUAAUGCUUGAGAAUAAAAAGGAAAUAAUGAAAGAAGCAUGA